UGAUGCAUUAAAAACUGUGGAUUCCAAUUCCAAAUGAUUUCAACCCAAAACAAGAGCAUGUCAUCAUUUAAGGUGAAUUUACAAAACCUAAUGGUAAAACUAGAUUACUUUAUGGAUAUGAUCGUUUCGUAGUUUGUGUUAAGGUAAAUUUUAUUCCUAUAUUAACUAGAAGGAUGGAUAAUUCAAAAAAUGUAUUAAGUUAGAAUUCGAUACUAAAUUUGAAAUCUUAAGAUAAGCUAUUUAAAAAAAAGACGAAGAUGACGAUUCCCUUGGACCAAUAAUAGGAAUUCAAUUCUAAAGAGAUAAUGCUGGAAUUAUGCCUACCUAUAAAUUAAGUGCUUCUUCUAAAUUAAUACUUGAAUGGAGACAAUAUCUAAGUCCUAGAAUCAACUAAUGGUAAUUUCAUCAUAUGUUUCGAGUUUUUAAAAAAAUUGGGAAGGGAAAUUUUGCAACAGUAUUAAUAUAUAUUUUAUAUAAGGUCUAUAUGGCUGAAAGAAUAGAAGAUGGGGAAGAAAUGGCAAUAAAAGCCUUUGCAAAAUAAGCAGCUUAUGCUGAGGAAAAUGGAAAAGAAGCAAUUUUAAAUGAAAUAGCAAUAAUGAGAAAAUUGCAUAAUAAGCAUCUGAUGAGAUUAUUUGAAGUUUAUGAAACAUCUAAUUCUUUAUAUGUAGCCUUAGAAUUGUUAGAAGGAGGCUCAUUGUAUGAUUUAAUUAAAGAUAAAGUGCCAAUUAAUACAAAAUAAAUACAAUAAAUAAUGGUAGGGAUAUUAAUUGGUCUUUAGGAAAUGCAUAAAAAAGAAAUAAUGCAUAGAGAUUUAAAACUUGAAAAUAUCCUAUUUAAAAUUCCAAAGUAAAAAUUAAUAAUAAUAUUAUAAUAGGAAAAUGGAAACAGUAGUAAUAGCUGAUUUUGGUUUAGCUACUUAUGUGAAUGAACCAGUUUAUUUAUAUUGUAGAUGUGGUACUCCUGGUUAUGUGGCACCUGAAGUUAUUAAUAUAAAGGAUAUGAAAUCUAAAUACUCUUCUAUUUGUGAUAUUUAUAGUUUGGGAUUAGUCUUUUAUUUAUUAUUGACAGGUAAACCAGCUUUCAAUGGAAAAAGUUAUGCAACUGUAGUCAAAUAAAAUAGAGAGGCAAGUAUCGAUUUUGAUAUUAAAUAACUUUAAAAUGCUCCUGGUGCAGCUGUUGAUUUAUUAAAGUAGAUGUUAGAAAAGGAUCCAAAAAAAAGAAUAAAUGCUGAAAAAUGCUUACAUCAUCCAUUCUUAUCAGAUAUAACUAAAAUUAUGAUAGAAGCAGAAAAAGAAGAUUCAUAAAAUAUAGAUGAAAUUGAUGAGGGGAAUGAAAUUCAUAAUAUGAUGAAUAAAAUUAAUGAUGAGUAAUCUUAUAAUUAUUAUAUUAGGUAUUCUAAAUUUGAUGCUACAAGAAAUAUUAACUCUCCUCUUUAAUCACCUAAAUAAUCUCCAGGGUUAUUAAUGUAAAAAUAAAUUUAGCAAUAAAAAUAAAUUGAUUCUACUAAAGCAGUAGGACAUGAUUCACCAUUAUUAAAAGGAAAAGUUGAUUCCAUAGACAGUGCAUAAUCUAUUGGAACUCCAAAGAAGAAUAACUAAUAAUAUUAACCAUCACCAUAAAUAAAACCAUCUAGAUUUGCAAAAUAAGCUGAAAAUAAUCCUUUAUUAAAAUAUGCAAAAAAGGAUUGA